UGGGCUAUGACGGCUGACAACUUAAAAAGGCUGAAACGAACAGAAAUGCAGAUGCUGGGAAGAAUGAUGGGAGUAUCUUUGGGGAAUGGUCUAAGUAAUGAGGUGAUAAAGAAAGGGUUAGGGGUAUAUGAGUUGUUAGAUGUAGUUAGAUGUAUUAGACUGAAAUGGUUCGACCAUGGGGAAAGGAAAGCAAAUGAGGACUGA